AUGCUGACACGGCAAGUGGCUGCAGCAGGCUGCUCGAGACCAGAGAAGCAGCUCUGUUUGGAGCAGGCAAGUAGCGGAGAGUUUGUCUCCUACCGUUCGGAAGCAGCAGGCAAGCCGGUUCUCUGGGAGAGAAUCAAGCUCAGCCCUUCCGUUGCUACGCAAGGCCCAGCUCUUACGACAAAGCACUUUGCCAAAACCCAUGUCUGCUACAUGAGCAAGCAACCAGACAAUGCAGGAGACUUCACUGUGCUGAGUGCAAGACCCGUGCACGUGGCGCGGCACCAAGAGGGAAACGGAAGUACCUGCGCUGGCAGCUUGAUUCAGCUUGAUGCCACCUGCGAGGCCGGCAAGAUGCCUGCAGUCAUUUUGAUGCAUGCUACGGGCAAGUGCAAGGAGUUCAUGGCGAACCGGCUAGAACGGCUGGCAAGGAAAGGCUUGAUUGCUCUUGCAUUCGACGCUCCAUGGCACGGAGAGCGUGCGCUUCCGGAAGCAGGGCUCAGCAAAUCAAGUGGAAGUGAGGGCAAUGCUGAUCUCUCUCUGAAGAGCCUCUGCCCGGCACUUCUUCAUGCCCUACAAAGCCACGAAGCAGCCCGACUGGAUGUGUAUUUCAAUGCGCUGGUUCGAGGCUGGCAAAGAGGAUCUGACAGAUUUGUCAUGGACAUCGCGCGCGACGCUUUGACUGUGGUUGAUUACAUCUGUUCCAGGCCUGAUGUGAUGCAAGAGCGUAUCGGUGCAACAGGGGUUUCACUGGGCGGAAUGGCAUGUUGGCUCCUGGCUGCAGCCGACACCCGGAUCUGGGCAUCGAUGCCGGCAAUUGGCGUUCAGUCCUUCAACCAUUCUUUGGUCAACGGAUUGUGGGGCGCAAGGGUAGAUUCCAUCCGACGGCCAUUUGAAGUAGCUGCUGCCGACAUGAACAAGGCAUCUGUGGAUGAUGCGGUGGUCGCAGCUGUGUGGUCGCGUCUGGCGCCAGGGCUUGCCGAGGUCAAUCCAGGCAACAAGCUUGCAUUUGAUGCGCCUCUUACGCUACCAUGCAUUGCACCUCGGCAUUUGCUGGUUCUGAGUGGUGAGAAGGACCCACGCUGCCCUUUGGCGGGCGUGCAGAUCAGCCUUGCAGCAGCCCAACAGGCAUAUGACCAGGAGGGUCAGUCGGCGCGUCUACAAAGAUUCAUUGACAAGGACGUCGAACAUGCUAUGACAGAGAACAUGUGGCAGAAGAUUGAGCUGUUUGUUGAGGCGACGCUGGGUAUGGUCCCUGCUUCAAAGCUGUAG